GAACCACCAUUCCAGUGCAGAGCUGCUGCAUCUCCCCAGAGCUAACAGGGAGCUCGCAGCUCAGAGGGAGGAGACACGCUCAGAUCCAGCCUCCGUGUGUGUGUGCGUGCGUGCCUGUCGCAGACACACGCACAACCCCUGCUGCACUCUUGUUUCACACUUUUUCCUUUUAACCUUGCUUUGCCAUUUUGCUCAGCUCAGGCCUUCUUGUUCCUCCGCAGCAGGAUAACAAGGCAUCAGUGUGGGGGGGGCCCAAAGAGACCGGACAGCAGCCUUCCUUUGCUCCUUUCCUCUCUAAACACCUUGUAGUCAGUGACAGAUCCAGACAGGAUGAUAGCGGCUCAGCUUCUGGCCUACUACUUCACCGAGCUGAAGGAUGAUCAAAAUAAAAAGAUCGAUAAGUACCUGUACUCCAUGCGUUUCUCAGACGAAACGCUGAAGGACAUCAUGAACAGGUUCCGGCGAGAUAUGGAGAACGGGCUCUGCCGUGACACCAACCCCACCGCCUCGAUCAAGAUGCUGCCCACCUUCGUCAGGUCCAUCCCUGAUGGAUCAGAAAAGGGAGACUUUAUAGCUCUGGACCUCGGGGGGUCGAACUUUCGGAUACUCCGUGUGAAGGUAACGCGGGACAAGAAGCAGCCGGUCCAGAUGGAGAGCCAGGUUUAUGAGACCCCUGAUGACAUCAUCCAUGGGAGCGGGACACAGCUCUUUGCCCAUGUAGCCGACUGCCUGGGCGACUUCAUGGAGAAGCAAAAAAUCAAGGAUAAAAAGCUUCCUGUAGGAUUUACAUUCUCCUUCCCCUGUGCACAAACCAAACUGGAUGAGGCAGUCUUACUGACAUGGACAAAGAGGUUUAAAGCCAGUGGCGUGGAAGGCAUGGAUGUUGUGAAGCUUCUGAACAAGGCCAUCAAGAAACGAGGGGACUACGAGGCAGACAUCAUGGCAGUGGUGAAUGACACGGUCGGCACCAUGAUGACCUGUGGAUUUGAUGAUCAGCGCUGUGAAGUGGGCAUCAUUAUAGGAACAGGAACAAAUGCCUGCUACAUGGAGGAACUGCGUCACAUUGACCUGGUGGAAGGAGACGAAGGCCGGAUGUGCAUCAACACUGAGUGGGGUGCCUUUGGGGAUGAUGGGUCCCUGGAGGACAUUCGCACAGAGUUUGACCGUGAGAUCGACAGGGGUUCUGUCAAUCCAGGAAAGCAGCUGUUUGAGAAGAUGGCCAGUGGGAUGUACAUGGGGGAGCUGGUUCGGCUCAUCCUGGUCAAGAUGGCCAAAGAGGGUCUGCUGUUUGAGGGACGGAUAACCCCCGAGCUCCUGACGAAAGGAAAGAUUGAGACAAAACAUGUCUCUGCUAUUGAAAAGACGAAGGAAGGGGUGAAGAAAUGUAUGGAAAUCCUGACGAGGCUCGGGGUGGAGCCUUCAGAGGAAGACUGUCUGGCAGUGCAGCACGUGUGCACCAUCGUUUCCUUCCGCUCAGCAAAUCUAAUUUCUGCAACCCUGGGAGCUAUCCUCUCUCGGCUCAAGGACAACAAAGGAGUCGCACGCCUCCGCACCACCGUGGGCAUCGACGGGUCUCUCUACAAGAUGCACCCUCAAUACGCUCGGCGUCUGCACAAGACAGUCCGUCGCUUGGUCCCAGACUCCGAUGUCCGCUUCCUCCUGUCCGAGAGCGGGAGUGCGAAAGGCGCAGCCAUGGUGACAGCAGUGGCCUACCGUCUGACGGAGCAGGCGCGACACAUUCAGCAGACUCUGGCUGAGUUCCGACUGACCAAAGCCCAGUUGUUGGAGGUGAAGAAGCGAAUGAGGGUGGAAAUUGAAAGAGGCCUCAAGAAGAGUACUCACAAGGAAGCUACAGUUAAGAUGUUGCCCACCUUUGUCCGCAGUACACCAGAUGGAACUGAGAACGGCGAUUUCCUUGCUCUGGACCUUGGCGGGACAAACUUCCGUGUGCUCCUUGUAAAGAUUCGCAGCGGGAAGAGGCGAUCAGUGGAGAUGCACAACAAAAUCUACGCGAUUCCCAUAGAAGCUAUGACAGGCACAGGCGAAGAGCUCUUUGACCACAUUGUACACUGCAUCUCUGACUUCCUGGACUACAUGGGGAUGAAAAGCGCUCGGCUGCCACUUGGUUUCACCUUCUCCUUCCCCUGCUAUCAGACCAGCCUGGACGCAGGUAUUCUGGUAACCUGGACCAAAGGCUUCAAGGCUACAGACUGUGAGGGCGAAGAUGUGGUGGAGCUUCUUCGGGAAGCAAUUAAGAGGAAAGAGGAGUUUGAGCUGGAUGUGGUUGCCAUAGUGAACGACACAGUUGGAACAAUGAUGACCUGUGCAUAUGAGGAACCCACCUGUGAGGUUGGCCUGAUUGCAGGGACGGGAAGCAACGCCUGCUACAUGGAGGAGAUGAGGAACAUUGAGAUAGUGGAGGAAAACGAGGGCCGCAUGUGUGUCAACAUGGAGUGGGGGGCCUUUGGAGACAACGGCUGUCUGGAUGACAUCAGGACAAAGUACGACCAGGCGGUGGACGAGAACUCGCUCAACGAAGGCAAACAAAGAUAUGAGAAGAUGUGCAGCGGCAUGUACCUGGGAGAGAUCGUCAGGCAGAUUUUGAUCGAUCUGACCAAGCGUGGCUACCUAUUUCGGGGACAAAUCUCAGAGACGCUGAAGACCAGGGGCAUCUUUGAGACAAAGUUCCUUUCGCAGAUAGAGAGUGAUCGUCUGGCGCUGCUGCAAGUCAGGGCGAUUCUGCAGCAGCUGGGGCUCGACAGCACCUGUGAUGACAGUAUUAUCGUGAAGGAAGUGUGUGGCACGGUGUCCCGCCGUGCGGCUCAGAUCUGCGGAGCCGGAAUGGCUGCUGUGGUGGACAAGAUCCGUGAGAACAGAGGACUGGACCACCUGGACAUUACCGUGGGCGUGGAUGGCACACUCUACAAGUUGCACCCACACUUCUGUAGGAUCUUCCAGCUGACAGUGAAGGAACUUGCCCCCAAAUGUGACGUCACCUUCCUGCUCUCCGAGGACGGCAGCGGGAAGGGGGCUGCCCUCAUCACUGCCGUGGGCUGCCGUCAGAGGGAGCUGGACGCGCAGCAGCACUGAGUAGCUCCAACCUGUCCGUCCUCAAGAACUACCUGUUGCUCCACCGUGACAACCCGACUCCAUCUCCCAUCGG